AACUCGGCGUUAGUCUGAACAGUGAGUGAGGAGUGUUUGCGUGUGAGGCGAUCGGAGUUUUGAGUUACGAAGUAUGAUGACGGAGACAACUGUGACCGUGACGACGACCGAGGGGGCCCCCGGUCACAACGCGACGUCACAGCCGACGGUGAAGUCAGACCCUGGACAGGGACAGGGCAGCCUCGCCUGGAUCCGACUAAACUUCCUCUACUUCCGGACUAUCCCCGGCAUACUAAAGCUCUUACAAGUGGUGUUCGGGAUCAUCUGCAUGGCGUGUGCCUCGCCCGCCUACCUCUCAGGCACCCACUGGUUUCUGUUCGUGGCCGUGAUCAGCUUCAUCGCGACGAUAAUCUGGAUCUUCAUCUACCUGCUUUCCGUCCGGGAGGCCCUGAAGUUGCCCAUCAACUGGAUCCUGACGGAGUUGCUGAACACAAGCGCGACCACAGUGCUCUACCUGAUUGCAUUCAUCGUGCAGCUGUCGAUUCAUUCGCCGCCUUACUAUCGAUACAUCAGGGAUCCCAACAUCGCUGCAGGGGUAUUUGGGCUCUUCAACACGCUGGCAUACGGGGCAGGAGCAUAUUUCUUGUACGUGGAGUGGAAGGGGACAAGGGUGACCAACUAGUGACAUCCUCAACUCUCCAGUGAACAUGUCGGACUGAUCACAGUGUGACCAGAGCCAAGAGGAACUCACCACAACGUGGCACCAAAUUCUGACAUCAGCUUCGUAUAUUCGAGGCAACUACAUUGACGUUACGCCCCCCCCCCCGUGUCUGUUUAAACAAAUUCAGUGGUUAAAAACACGAAUUUACGACACUCUGAAGUGCGAUCUGAUCGUGGGCGUGCGAAUCUGAUCCCAAAAUGGCGGACUGCGCGUCACUCUCGCAGUGUGCAGUAAUUUCAUAAACAGAAGAUGAUUUUUGAAACAUUUGUCUCAAACAGUUUUUCGUAUGUUUAAUUUUGUUUACAUGAGUUUGAUUCCCUGAUUUUUAUUAAAAAAGAUUCUAUUUCAGUAUGUGACUUAACAAUAUUUAAAAUGAUAAUGGUAUGAAUCUGUUGUUUUAUAAAGAUUUAAUUCAAAAUGGAACAUGUCCAAAACUUGCAAUAUAUACAAACAGAAUUCUGAAGAAAAAAAAAUGUUAACAAAUACAAAUCUGUAUUCGUGAACUCUGCAAUGACAGAAAUUACAUUUUUGAUCUAACCUAACAAUUAUUACGUAAACUCUGCUCGUAAUUAAAUGUCUUGUAUUGUUACAACGAUGCUUUUUUUAAGGUUAUGUUGGACGAGGUGACAUCAGCUUCAGACGCUACAAAUUCAUUGAUAGUUCACACAAACCAUGAGAGACAUUUGUGAGAGAAUCAUCGCUGUGUCAUGGUGAUUACGAGUAAGUGGGAACGCCUCAGAGCCAAACAUGCUCAAAUACACGUUGAAUUCUGCUUUGGCAGACUGCUCACGGUUCUACCAAACACACAAUUAAUAACAAUUACCAUAUUAAGUAUUUUGUAUUUAAGGUCUGUUUUUAUUUCAUUCAGAAUUAGGUUAGAGUUUUGUGUUAAUAGCCGCUGCUAACGUGUAACUUCAUCAAAACAUAUUAAACGCUACAAUUUCCCGUGUAUUUUAAUAUCUACAAUGUUCGUAGCAUCAAACAGUAGAAUGUAGUACGUACGCCAUGUUACCGUUGCUACUGCCAUCUCUGUUGCAAUAAAUCAACGAUUCACUGCACUGUGCGUUGAAGGGUGAACACACCUACGCCAGAUGUCUCCACCCGUAACUAAAAUGUGAGCAUUUCUGUGCAAGUACAAUGAAAGCCCUCAGAGCGGAAAGUUAGGUUAUGUUUGACGAUCGCCAACAGCUGAACCUGCAGCUCUGUCUCUGAAAGUAUGUUAUAUUCGUUAAGUUGGUACUCUGGAUGGAAUGUUACUAAUAAAAACACUUUGAAAACAAAGAUCGGUUUUAUGUGUGUAUCAUAAUUUUAUACAUAAACUUGUAUCAUAGUUUUUAUGACAUUGAUUAAUUAAAUUUAAUAUUGAACUUUU